ACGGAAGCGACCAAUUUCGAAAAGUAAGUUGGUGUUCCAUUGGCCCAAGAUGAUCUAGCUUCUUAACUUAUUUCUUGCAGAUAUUCGAAUCACCCGACGCGCUACCGACUCCAAUGCCAUCGAACAUAAUGGCUUUCAGCAGUUAUUUGAUCGAGAAGAAUCGGUGGACGGCAUGUUAACCCGCAAACGCGCUUUUGAAUCCACAUGGCAGCAAACAAGCACGCUCAUCGAUGUACGAUCUUCUUUCCUUAAAAGUCACGCUAUAUUUGACUUAUGCCUGCUUUACUUUGGAUUAGACCAUCUUACUCGACAUGAACCGUGUCGCCUUGGAAGAAAUUAGUCAGUUUGUCGACCGUGCCCAGGAUCAGUUCAACGGCAUGAGCGGAUAUCUUGCAUUACCGUACCACGAAAUUCCUACCGGCCUUGUAUUUGCAGGCAUCAAUACCCCAGAUCACGACACCCAAUUCCAGCAGAUUGCGAGCCAUUUGCGAGAGCCUACUUCGCCAUUGAACAAGCGUAAAAGGGCCAAUUAUGUUUCUCUACUACACUCGAAAGACUGUUCAAACGUGAAAUCGAUGAUGAAACAUAUGAUCGCACAGUUUGUGGACAGCAACUUGCUAACAACCAACGAUGGAGACGACGCAGAUCAAGACCGGGAAGAGGAGGAGGAGGAGGAGGAGGAGGAUCCGCAAUCUCGAUCGAGCGAUGUUUUGGAGACACCUCGUCCAGUGUAUCGAUUACAGACUUCAGGACGCAAACCGACACGAUUGCCUAAUUAUGAUAUGCAAAUUCUGGAAGGAUGGUAUAAACAUAUCACCAAACAUCAUCAUGAUCAAGGGUCGCUUCCCAACCUUGCCAUUAUCCUUCAGGAUUUUGAGUCUUUUGAACCUUUGGUGCUUCAAGAUUUUAUUGCCAUUUGCAGUGAAUAUCGAUUGCGCCUUCCUAUAUGUUUUGUUAUUGGCGUGGCAACAUCCAUGGAGACAUUUCAACAAUCACUGACCAAGUUUACUUUGAGUCAAUUACGAAUCGAGAAGUUUUGGCUUCAACAAAGCGAUGUAUGGUUCAAUCGCAUAUUGGAAAAGAUUUUUCUCGAGGAAUCUUUUACCCUGAAAUUUGGCUGUCGUCCAUACAAAUUCUUAUUGGAUCAUUUCUAUCUGUAUGAUUUCUCCAUAGGCAAGGUCACAGCCAGCAUCAAGUAUGCUCUGAUGCACCACUUUUAUGCCAAUCCGUUAUCCAUCUUUUUAACUUUGCUGUACCAUGAUAAAACGAGCAUGCAGAAAAUCACCAAGGAGUGGUACGAGAAAACGAUGCUUGGGGAACAUCACUUCAACCGUUUGCGUAUGUUGUCGUCUUUUCGUACUCACGUUGAAAAACUGGCUGGGGAAGAUCCAUCAUUGGCGUAUCGUUUACUGACGGACGAUCAAUAUCUUUUAACCGAAGCGAUUCCCAAUUUUCUCUGCAGCAUCUUGCGUUAUCAGCGCGAGUUUAAACUGGGUCUCGAAUUGCUUCACGUAUUACAAGCUCAGUUCCCAUCGUUUUCCGCAUUGCGGAAAUCGAAGCGGAUGCUACUUCUCGAGGCACUCGAAUCACCCGAGGGAUUGAAUGGUGAAAAAGGCGUCACCAAAUGGCUUGUGAAUCUUAUUCGAAAGCUGGAACCGGAAGCCCUGGGAGAUUUACUGGAUCAAUUACGGGAGUGGGUAGAGUCCGAUCCAGAAAACAUGCAACACCAUAAAGAAGAAAUUGCCUUUCUGGACGAUCUGGAUAACCGAUUAAAUCGGAUUAUGGAAGGUAGCGAAGCGUUUAUCCAGCGCAUGGAACGCAAAAGACGACGGUUGGAAGGCAUGGUACUCCCAGAUCUGGAAAAACGACGAUCCACACAGACCGCACAGCGUGUGCAGCAAGAAUCCAUUGAGCAUCUGAAGCAAAAAGGAGCAGAAUGGUCCAAAAUUGCCAUGGAUGUCGCCGAUUGGUGUAACCGCCUCUUCGCCACUUAUUUGCGAUCCUAUACUGAAUUACCGAUGCACGAGUUGGUGUAUUACAAUACUGUCAGAUUGCACGAAAAGUCUUUGGAAGCUCAACCACGUGCUACGAUUCAAACGGCAUUGAUGCAAUCCAAUCAUUAUCUUCAUUGUGAUUGUUGUGCAGAUGUGGAUCCUGACCAAAUCUGGCCUACGGAACAUGAUACCUGUAUUCUGUAUAAGCUCUACAACGAGUGUGGACGCAUGAUCAACCUCUACGAUUGGUUUGUCGCCUUCAGUUGUAUCAUUGAGCGCGAAAAACGAUCUGACAAACGCAAGUUGGAUGAAAAGGAGAUCCAUGCACGAUUUAUCCGUUCAGUGGCGGAGCUGCAAUUCUUGGGAUUUAUCAAACCCACUCAACGCAAAACGGAUCAUGUUAUACGACUGACAUGGUCGAAUAUGUGAGAUAUGACGACGUUUCUCACAGUCUAGUGUCGCUUGUUGAAAACACAUUGCUUGAUUUGGUAACAAACAUGAUACGAUACUAUUAUUUUUGUAUCUGACCCAGCGGGAUAACACCAUUUCUUUGGAAAAAAAAAAAAGUGGGCUUACAUAACUUGCGCAGAACAAGCAGUACCUUGGGAUUUGAAGCAAUAAAUCAUCUUCAGGAGCGGAAUAAUUUGAAGA